AUGAGUGGCACCGACUACUCAUACGAUGAGCAGGGGCAAUUCUUUCCCGUCUUCAUUCUCACCAUCGUCGGCAUAGUUACAGUUCCAUUAACGUACAGUGUCCUUAAGCCAAGCACAGAUGCUGGCGCCACCGCACCACGAAUAAAGACAGAUUACCGGCCCAAGCAUGUUGACCUCAUCGAUAUACAGAGAAAGGCUCAGAGGAGGAAGGAUCGGAGGCUAAAGCGCAUAAUCGCGGUAGUGGUGGGAUGGGCCGUCAUGGCGCUCAUGGUGUACCUGAUCGUUGUCACAGCUCGGUUGGUGCCAAAGAUAUGGAACCCGUACGAUAUUCUUGGUAUUUCAGAUUCUGCCAGCGAGAGGGAAAUUAAAUCACAUUACAAACGCCUAUCACUCAGAUUCCAUCCCGACAAGAUCCGACCCGACCCUGCGAAGAACCAAACCCUCGAGUCUCUCAAUGAUUACUUUGUCGAACUCACGAAAGCCUACAAAGCGCUCACCGACGAGGAGAUCCGAAACAAUUACAUCCAGUUCGGCCACCCAGAUGGCAAGCAAAGCUUCAGCAUCGGCAUCGCGCUCCCGAAGUUCAUUAUCACGGAAGGAAAUGGAAAGUAUGUCAUUCUGGUAUAUGCAGCCUUGCUAGGCGUUCUGCUACCGUACCUUGUGGGAAGUUGGUGGUAUGGCACGCAAAAAAUGUCCAAGGAGAAAGUCUUAAUUGAGAGCGCCAACAAUCUCUUCCAGGAAUACGAAGAGGAUAUCACAGAAGGAGGAAUAAUUGCUGCGCUGAGCACGGGUGUGGAAUUCCAGAAGAUCUUGAAGGGCGAGAAGGCUGAAUCAGGUCUUGGAAAGUUGGAGUCACGAAUCCUUGCCGAAGGUGAUGCCACUCCAUUUGCUGCAGGACUAUCUGCAAAGGACCGCACGACACUGGACGAGCUAGAGGGUGGCGUUCGAAGAAAGGCGCUCGCGCUUUUAUGGGCAUACCUUGGCCGCGUGGAGUUGGACGAUGCGGCACUCGAUCAAGCAAAAUUGGAGGUUGCUCCCAUCGCGCAGGCUCUCAACUCAUCCUUCAACGCAAUCGCACUGGCUUUUGGCACUACGGCGCCUAUCCUUUCCUCCUUCCUUGUUGGCCAGAGCUUAUUGCAAGCUAUGCCCCCAGGAGCUUCUCCUUUACUCCAACUUCCUCAUUUCACCCCUGCCAUUGCGAAAGCUGUCGAGGGUGAUUCCAGAACUCAUUUGACCUUACAACAAUACAUGCAACUACCAGAAACCUACCGCCGAAGACUGACUAUCGGGAAUGGACUUUUGACCGAAUCUCAAUAUACCACAGCCAUCAAGGUGGCCAAGCAGUUACCCCGCCUCCAGGUCGAGAAGGCCUUCUUCAAAGUCACUGGCGAGAAAUUCAUCAUUCCAAGCUCAUUGGUUUCCUUGGUUAUCAAGGGCAGAUUCAUUCCCCCAGGGAGUGAGAAUGUUCCCCAAGUCAACGAGCUGGACUUGGAAGAUGUUGAUCCCGAGGAAGGCGAUCUUGACGCCAUUCUCGGCCGGAAGAAAAAGACAGGCAAGGGCGAAGCUGCACCAGCAGAGGAUAAACCCGUUCAACCCCCUCUUGCAUAUGCGCCAUAUUUCACCCGGGAUUACUCUCCUAGAUGGCACGUAUUCCUCACCGAUAGCAAGCAGGGCAAAAUUGCUGUGCCACCUUUCACAUUCACAACCUUUGACAAGCCAAUUUACGGAGCGGAUGGCAAGCCAACUUUCAACAUGCAGACAUUGAAGGCACAAUUUCAAGCGCCCCCACAGGCAGGCCACUACACUUUUGUUAUGCAUCUGGUUUGCGAUUCAUAUGUUGGCUUUGAUACUAAGAUGGAGGUUACGCUUGUUGUGGAUGAAGCCAGCAAGGCCGUGGAUAUUGAGGCAGAGGAUGACAUUAGUGAACCCGAUGAAGAUUCGUUAGCAGGACAGAUGCAUGCCCUCAAGACCGGAGCUCCGCCACCAAAGAAGAGUAAAAAGGUGGUAGAGGAGUCAAGUGACGAUGAGAGUAAUACAGAUGGAGAAGCCGAUGAUGAUACUAGUGACACAGACACAGACACUGAUGAGGAAUAG